AACUUGUUUUCAAACCAGAACAGCAUUAAUACGUCCGAAGACAUACAACCUCCUUUCGGAUUCCGUCACAGUUUUUUCCAGUCCAUUCCACAGAGCUGGACGAGGUGUGGUGAUCGUGAAUCAGAGAGAGAAGGUGUGCACUAUAGGACGAGAGGAUGAGAGAGACCGUGCGUAAAAUGAAUUAGUUAACUGUUGGUCAUCAGCGCCGUGCGCUCGGCAGCGCUCGCUUUUCACUGCUGAACCCUGCGAUUCUAAAGAAGUGUGGCGCCGCACAUUUCUCCUCUUGAAGUUUAAUCAGGAAUAUUUCUUUGCAAUAUUUGAAAACGCUCCUCUGGCAGGUGAUCCGCAAUUUCAGGUCACACAGUUAUCCGGUGAAACUGAGGCAUAGCUACGGGGAAAACGGCAGAGUAAGACAGCAGUUUCCAGGUCUUCCAGGAUAACAACGUCCGGAUACAGGACGAUGGGCACCUUGCGGGACCUCCAGUUCGCCCUGCAGCUGAAGAUCGAGGAGCUUCGGCAGCGGGAUGCCCUCAUCGAUGAGCUGGAGCUGGAGCUGGACACCAAGGAUGACCUCAUUCGGCAGCUGCAGGGGGAGCUGGACCGACACCGGGCUACGCUGGGCCCCCCAGGCCCGUCCGGCUCCGCACCUGCCUCAGGACCUGCCCCCGCCCCCCCUGACGAGCCCCAGCGGACGAAGAGACAGGCCAUCUCUGCAGAGCCCACUGCGCUGGACCCCGCCCAGCUCACGCACGUCACCCUGACCAGCUACAGCAAGAGCCAAGAGUCCCGGGAGCUCAUCCAGAAGGCCCUGCUGGAGAACGACUUCAUGAAGCACCUGGAGCCGGGUCAGAUCCUCACCAUCGUGGACUGCAUGCACCCCACCACCGUCACCCGCGGUUGCUGCGUCAUUCAGGAGGGAGAUGACGGCUCGCUCGUCUACGUGCUGGAGGAGGGGAAGGUGGAGGUGACCAAGGAUGGGCAGAAGCUGUGUACGAUGGAGCCCGGGAAGGUGUUUGGAGAGCUGGCCAUCCUGUACAACUGCACCCGCACGGCCACUGUCACAGCUCUCACAGAUAUUAAGCUGUGGGCGAUUGACAGGCAGUGUUUUCAGACCAUCAUGAUGAGGACAGGCCUGAUCAGACACUCGCAGUACAUGGAGUUCCUGCGCAGUGUUCCAUCCUUCCAGUCCCUGCCAGAGGACAUGCUCAGCAAGGUGGCUGACGUCCUGGAGGAGACUCACUACAGUGAAGGGGAUUACAUCAUCAGACAGGGGGCCACAGGGGACACCUUCUUCAUCAUCAGUGAGGGUCAGGUGACGGUGACCCAGCAGAAAUCGGCCAAUGAGGAGCCGGUGUUCCUGACCACUCUCUCGCGGGGGGACUGGUUCGGGGAGCAGGCGCUGACAGGGGAGGACGUGAGGACGGCCAGCGUCACCGCGGUGGGGGAUGUGACCUGCCUGGUCGUGGACAGAGAGUCUUUCAAGCAGCUGAUCGGAGGAUUGGAUGAUGUUAACAACAGAGUGUACGAGAGCGAUGAGGUCAAAGCCAAGUUGGAGGCGGAGGCGGCCUUCUUCUCCAGCGUGUCCCUGACUGAUUUCCAGGUGAUCUGCACUCUGGGAGUGGGAGGCUUCAGUCGAGUGGAGCUGGUGCACCUGAAGAAUGACCCCAGCCGCUCGUUUGCCAUGAAGGUGCUGAAGAAGCGGCACAUCCUGGACACCAGCCAGCAGGACCACAUCCUGUCAGAGAGACGCAUCAUGAUGGAGGCACACAGCCCCUUCACUGUGAGGCUGUACCGCACCUUCAGAGACUCCAAGUACCUGUACAUGUUACUGGAGGCCUGCCUAGGAGGGGAGCUGUGGACACUGCUGAGAGACAGGGGGUCGUUUGAUGACAGCACUACGCGCUUCUAUGCAGGCUGUGUUGUAGAGGCGCUGGCCUUUCUGCACGUUCGAGGGAUCAUCUACAGGGACCUUAAACCUGAGAACAUCAUCCUGGACCACCGGGGCUACGCCAAACUGGUGGACUUUGGCUUCGCCAAGAAGGUGGGUCUGGGGAAGAAGACCUGGACGUUCUGUGGGACCCCAGAGUACGUGGCCCCCGAGAUCAUCCUGAACAAGGGCCACGAUGUGUCAGCGGACUACUGGUCCCUCGGCAUCCUGAUCUAUGAGCUUCUGAGUGGGAGCCCCCCUUUCUCCGGCUCAGACCCCAUGAAGACAUACAACAUCAUCCUGAGAGGCAUCGACAUGGUGGAGUUCCCAAAGAAGAUCACCAAGAGUGCAGCCACGCUCGUUAAGAGGCUGUGCAGGGACAACCCCUCAGAGAGGCUGGGCAACCAGAAGAACGGGGUCAAAGACAUCCAGAAGCACAAGUGGUUCGAAGGGUUCAACUGGGAGGGCAUUCGCAAAGGGACGCUGACCCCCCCAUUCAUGCCAAGCGUCGAUGGGCCCCUGGACACCAGUAAUUUUGACUGUUUCCCUGACGACAAUGAGGACCCUCCCCCCGAUGAGGAGUCUGGCUGGGAUGUAGAGUUCUGAUUGGAUGGAUGGCCUGUUCAGGUUAUGGUAGGAUUGGUUAGGAGCCAGUGGGAGGGAACUGAGAAGUGAGCCGGUCAUGAUUUGGACCAGAGGUUGUGACCCGGUCACAGCUCCGCCGCAGUGAACCGGAGGAGGGUCUGGAGAGGCACGGGUGUUCCGGAACAUUCCGCCGACGGGCGAAGGAAACCUUGGACGUGGAAAGAAAGGUAGCCGUUGUUUCAGGAACACCAGCUGAAGGUGUUGGAAUUUUAUAUCUGUUUUAUUUUCAUUUGUUUUUAAUUUAUUUUCAC